GACCACCCUCUGGUCCCCCACACCUCGCCGCAAAAUCCCUUCCUCGCGCCGCCGCCGCGCAAGCCGCCAAGGGUGGGGCCUCUCGUCGUCUCGUCUCCUCUCGUCUCGGGCGCGCAUCCCCAGACGCGCGGUGACGCCGUCAGUUCCGUAAAAUAACCCCGUCGCUCCCCAACCGCUUCUUUCGCACUCGCCGUUUUGGUUUUCGUUCGCUGAUUCGCUCUCGUCCCCUUCCCUCUCCUCUCUCGCUCGCUCCUCUUCCGCGGCGCGCGCGCCGGCGACUCGCCGCGUCGGGCCGGCCGACAACCGCCGCGAGGGAGAAGCCCCCUCCCCUUGGGGGGCACCCAUGACGUCGUGCGGGUGCCUGGUGCUCGAGAAGGUGGAGGACCACGGCGGCGAGGCGGCGGGGAGGGGGAGAGGGAGGCUCGCGCAGGGUGGCGGCGGCGGCGGCGGUGGCUGCGGAUCGUGCGCGGGGGAGUGGAGGAGCCGGUCGGAGACCAUGUUCCCCAUCUACGUGAUGGGGAGCUCGCGGGCCAGCUCCGCCGCGGCGGCGCGGGGCAUAGUCGACGCCGCCGGGGACCCCAUAUGGGAGGCCGUCAAGUCGGAGGCCAAGUCUGAGGCAGAGAAGGAACCUAUUUUAAGUAGCUUCUUGUACGCCAGCGUACUAUCUCAUGACUGUCUCGAGAGGGCGUUGAGUUUCGUCCUUGCAAACAGGCUCGAAGAUCCAACAUUGCUUGCAACUCAGUUAAUAGACAUUUUCAAUGAUGUUAUGAUGAACAACAAAGAUAUACGCCGUUCUAUUCGCCUUGAUGCUCAGGCCUUUAAAGACAGAGAUCCUGCCUGUGCACAAUACAGUUGGGCAUUGUUGUACCUCAAGGGUUACCAUUCCGUGCAAUCCUAUAGGAUAGCUCAUGUAUUAUGGAAUCAAGGUCGUAAAGUUCUGGCAUUGGCACUGCAGAGCCGUAUCAGUGAGGUUUUUGCAGUGGAUAUACACCCAGCGGCCAGAAUUGGAGAGGGAAUAUUGUUGGAUCAUGGAACGGGUCUAGUUAUUGGUGAAACUGCCAUUGUUGGAAACUGGGUUUCAUUAAUGCAGGGUGUUACACUUGGUGGUACUGGCAAGGAAAAUGGAGAUAGACACCCCAAGAUUGGUCAGGGGGCUCUUCUUGGAGCUGGUGCUACUAUCCUCGGCAACAUAAACGUAGGCGAAGGUGCCAUGAUUGCUGCUGGUUCCCUUGUUUUAAAGGAUGUACCUCCCCACAGUAUGGCAGUAGGAAACCCUGCAAAGGUAGUUGGGUAUAAAGAUAAGGAAGACCCUUCUUUAACUAUGAAACAUGAUGCCAGAAGAGAUUAUUUUGAGCAUGUUGCCGUUAGUUUUUCAGAUGACAAAGCUAAUGGAAGUGUUGUGAAGUAAAAAAAGGUUCGAUGAUGUUUGGCUGGCAGUUCAAAGGAAUAGCAUAUGUUUCGACAUUUCUUCCCAGAGGACAGCACUGGGUAUCUGAUUAUGCAAGGGUGCUUCUCUUUUUUGCCCAGGUACCCAUGGUCCUGAAGCUCCCCAGUUAUAUUUUCUCGUGGCCUUUGGACCGCUGUAAUAAUGUGAUGUUUAUUUUUCUGGUUACUUUGUAAGGACUAUGUACUGGUAGUGGAGACCAGUACAUAGUUGCUACUGGUAGUAGAGACCAGCAGCAACUAUGUACUUCAGAAUACAAGCUUUCUUUUUUGAAUCCCAGUAGCAUCAGCGUAGUGCUUAAGACUUAGUGCAAGCUUUCUUUUCUGAAUCAGUAGCGUGAAGUAUAUUCUACAGUACUAGCCUAUUAGGUAAAGAUGUUUUUCUUUUGAUGUACUAACCCAUCAGAAAAAAAAUGUUACAUCUGGAUGGGAUAAUAAAAAAGGAGGCAAUUGUUAAAUUCAA